AUGUCAGUUCCAAGAACUAAACCUUGGGAAGUCUCUUCUGGAACUUCGGCAGCUACAGCUACCGGAGGUGAUGCUUCCUCUGCUGCUGCUCCAGCAACAAGCACAGCUGAUAAUACUUCAAUACCUGAAAGACCAACUAGUUUGACUAGCGACUUUAAUAACUCUUCCUCCCUCAAUAAUAGAUACGGUUCUUCGCAAUAUGGUUCAGGACUCGGCUCGUCCAUGUACGGAUCCCUGGGCUACGGGAGUGGAAUGUACGGUGGUGGCUACGGUAGCGGAAUGUAUGGUGGUGGUUUGGGAUCCUCGAUGUAUGGAAGUGGGUUGGGAUCCUCGAUGUACGGUGGAGGCUACGGUGGUUAUGGUAGUGGGAUGUAUGGAGGAGGUUAUGGUAUGGGUGGUUACGGUAUGGGUGGUAUGGGAAUGAAUGGUAUGGGAAUGAAUGGUGGAAUGAUGGGUCCAGGAGGAUUGGGUGAAGGAACUCAAGCCACUUUCCAACUUAUUGAAUCGAUAAUAGGUGCAGUUGGAGGAUUUGCCCAAAUGUUGGAGGCUACUUACAUGGCCACCCAUUCAUCAUUUUUCACCAUGGUUUCAUUAGCUGAACAAUUUGGUAAUUUGAAAAACGCUCUUGGAUCAUUAUUGGGGAUUUUUGCAUUGAUAAAUUUUUGUAAGAAAAUUUUCUAUAAAUUAACUGGUAAAAACUAUAAUAAUGGGUUAAAUUUAAAAGAAUUUGGUAAAUUUGAAAGUAAACAAAAGAAGUUGGAAGAAAAUUUACGUAAACAACAAAGUCCAAAUGGAUCAUCUAAAUCAAGAAUAUCUUUCAAACCAUUAUUAUUAUUUUUAGCUGCAUCAAUUGGAUUCCCAUACUUAUUAAAUAAAGCUAUUCAAAAAUUAAAUCAACAAAAUCAACAACGUCGUCUUAAUGACCAACAAUUACACCAACAACAAUCAAUGAAUUCAAAUAAUUUGCUUGAUCCUUCAAAUUUACAAUUUGCUAAAUCAUUGUACGAAUUCAAUCCAGAAAACCCAAAUAUAGAAAUUGAAUUAAAACCAAAUGAAUUAGUGGCCAUUUUAUCAAAAUUAGACCCCUUAGGUAAUGAGAGUAAAUGGUGGAAAGUAAGAUCAAGAUCAGGUAAAGUUGGUUACGUUCCCCUGAAUUAUCUUUCAGUUAUUGAAAGAAAA